UGGUUCAUUCGUGGUCGUGAAAAAUUCUUUCUCCGUGCUAAUUCUACGUUAACUAUAUUUUACCUACGGAAAACAGUGUUUUCAGACAUUUUACUGCAGCAAAAAGGCAGUAUAGAGUGUAAAGAAUUGAGUGCGAUUGAAUUUGAGCGGCGGAAAGCGUUUGCCAACUAGCAAGCGUCCUUGAAUUCUGGGCGAAAAGAAGGGGUGUGAAGAAAGUGGUGUGAGGUACAGCAACAAAACCCGACCGAAAAUGGUUCUGCGUGGCAUUCGGGGUGGAUAUCACCCGCGGGGUGGCGGAGGGACUCGAGGCAACGGGCGCACGUCGUACCAUGGCGGCAGUGGAUAUCAUGGCUCGAACCAUCACAACAGCAGCAACUAUGACAACCGUAACGACAACCGCAACAGUCGGUACGGAAGCAGCAGCGGCGGAGGUGGGUACGAUUCCCGCAACUCGUCCCGGUAUGAAUCAGACUCGCGGUACUCCCGGAACGACAGCCGCAACGAUAGCUACAAGCGGUCCAAUUCGUCCAAGUACGAGGAUAAUCGCGACCGUCGUUCGCCGGACCGGAAGCGUCCCCGCAGCGAUCACAACUCUCAGGGCGGUGGAAGCUCGCGCCGCGACUACGGUAGCAGUGGCAGUGGCGUCGGCGGACGGGGUGGAGGAUCGUCCAGCCGGUACCACGAGGGAGGCGGCGGCAGCUCCAGCUCGUCGUACGACAAGCGGGGAAGCAACGAUCACCACUCGUCGACGUCCGGCGCUGGCGAUCGGUCGAGCAGCAGCAGCAACAAGUUCGAGCAUCAUCGCAGCAGCAGCAGCGCCAGUCGCAGCCACGGUGGUGGCGGCGGCGGCGGCGAUUCGGGCAGUUCUUACAGGUCGCGGGACAACAACAACACGAGCAGCAUGGGACCGCCGCGCUCGGUGGCGAUGCGCACCAACCACAGCAACACCGGCGGCCGGCCGAUGAUGCGCCCGCCGAUGGGGGGCGGCCACCGUUCGACGAUGGGUGGCAGCACGUACAUGGGCAGCGGCGGAAUGCAUCGCCGCGGGGGCGGUAUGAUGCGGGGCCGUAUCUCGCACUACCGCUCCGACGGGCGGCGGGGCAUGCUGACGACGCGCAUCAUGGGCGGGCACCACCGGCGAACGGAUGGCAUGCGGCCGAUGACGAUGCACAACCGGCGCUAUCCCUCGAUGCGGGGGCGCGGCGGCGACAUGCGCAACCGCAUUAUGGGGGGCGACGUCAUGUCCAAGCGUGGGGUCGAUAUGAAGGUUUCCAAGAAAAUUCUCAUCAAGCGUGCGCUUCAGGCGGCUAAGGAUGGGUACGAGGAUUCGGCCUCCGACAAUGAGGAUGAGGACGACGAGGAGGAUGACGACGGUGGAGACGAUGAUGCGGGACCGUCCCGGGCUAAGAAGGCCAAGAAGGCUGACGCCGAUGAUGAUGAUGAGGAGGAUGACGAGGAAGACGUCAAGCAGGAAAAGAGUGAGAUGUGGGACGAUGACGACGAUGGAGGCGAUGGAAAGUCCAAAUCUUCCGCUCACAACGAGGAUGAGGACGAUGUCAACACCACUGGUGCUACGGUUGACGAUGGUGACGAUGAAAAGGAUGGCUCGAAGCAGCAAACGCCGACGAAGAAAUCCGCCAAGAAGGAAGACGCUAAGGAUAGCAACGCGGAAGACGACCGCAAGACGACGGACGAUGGUAGCGAUAAGAAGCGUUCGACAAAGAUCAACACCAAGUAUCGCACGUCGAACUUUAUUAAGCUCACGUGCACGCACUGCAAGCUAAAGUGUGUCACUUUCAAGGAGUACCAGACGCAUCUGUACACCCGCACCCACAAAAUGAAGAUGCGCGCGCUGGCGAUGAAGUGCCGGGAGCGGCUGCUGGAGAUGCGGGCCGCCCAGCGCAACGCGCAGAAGGACGAGGACGAAAAGUCGGAGGACGGUGCCGGUGGCGAUGAGGGCAAGCGGCCCGGCUUCUGCCUGCUGUGCCGGCUGAACUAUCGGCAGCCGCGCGCCGUCCACCAGCAGUCCGAGGGGCACAAGAUGAUGAAGAAAUUCCUCAUGCCGUACUGUAGCGUGUGCAAGCUCGGCUUCAAGAGCCCGAUGGCGUUCGAGACGCACCGCGCCUCGCUCGAUCAUCUGAAGAUUAAGGCACGCGUGGAGCGGUACGCUUCGUCCACGAAGGGCGACGAUUCGGGCGACGAGAACCAGGCCGAGGCGGGCGAUCUCGACCUCGACAGCAUGACGAUCGUGGACGAGGUGGGCAAGGUGGAUGACAUUUGCGAGCCGGGUGUGGCGGGAGAAACGCCCACCAGGAAGCAGCGCAGUUACGGCGAUGGCGGCGGCAGUGGUCGCGCAGGCACGGAGGAUGAGGACGACGAGGACGACGAUGAUGAUGAGGAGGAGGACGAUGAAAAUCAGAUGAUCAUCGGCGAGGAGCACGUGAAGAAGGUGCAGGUGCAGUACUGCGACCUGUGCAAUAUGUACCUGCCCAGGCGCACGGAAAAUCAGGACCGCGUGCUGCGCGAACACUGCAAGAAGCGAUCUCACCUGAAGCUGUACAUCCGCUUCCGGAACGACAAGAAGCUGCGCGAACAGGCGGAACGCUUCCACAAGAAGAAGCUGAAGGGUGACAAGGAGGCUGCGGGAAAGAAGGGCGAUGACAAGAAGGCAAACGAUUCGAUCACUUCCACCGACUCAAAGACGGUCACGGACGGUAAUAGCACCGCGAACACGAAUGACACAACCUCCACGCCCAAAUCGGAAGGCGAAACCCGAUCGGACAAGAAAAGUGACACGGCCUCGACGGGUAGCGCAGCCGAAAGCGCAAACAACGCAACGUCAGCUAAGGUGAACACUUCCAGCGCGAACAAAACCGACGUUGAUUCGUCCGACGCGAACCGCUCGCUGGAUGGAAGCAACAGCACCACCACCACCCUAGCGGCGACGAUCGGUGGUGCCGAUGGGCCCGGCGAGCCCUCGGACGAGCUGGUCGACAAGCUGAUGUGGCAGGUGGUGGACAACGAAGAUCUGGGCGAUCUGCUGCGCGACGUGCAGGACGACGCCGAGGAGGAGGACGACGAUAAGACGAACCUGGAGCGCUACGACAAGUUCCGGCACACGGAGAAGAACGGCGGUGAGCAGCGAUCGGAUGCCGCCGGUGCGGACGAGGAGGAUACCGUUGCCAGCAAAGCGCAGGCCAAAAAGGGAACGGCCGCGAACGGUGGUGGUGCCGAGGUGGCCGCUAAUGGGGAAGCCUCCAAGGAGGCCAAACCCGCCGCGUAGGAAUGUGUAGGGUAUGUGUGUGUUUGUGUGUCGAAUUCAUUACGAUAAGGAAGCGUAGUUGUGUUUUUGAACUUAAUAUACUUAUCGUAAGUAAUAAGUGCACACGGUGCAUACAUUUAGGAUAGUGUGCGCGCGCGUGUGUAUUCAGUGUAGGUUAUAGAUCAUUUUGUGAACUUUCCACACAACCGUUGAAGCAUUAUUUUUUAGAAGUGAUUUUCAAUUUCAUUCGUUACACGAUUUUUUUUUUCACGAAGUUAUUCACUCAACUCAUUCAGUGUUGCUCCAGUAAACUUAAGGCUAAUAAUACUUCGUCUCCGACGGGAAGCUACUUCCCUCUCUUACACACUACAACUAUAAACUACUGCGGGCUGACUGCAAACAAAAAAGGGCUACAGAGAAAGGUGGCAGAAGUGAUGUUGCGACCCAUGUACCUGCCAAUAUACCCGCCACCAACACACCAGUAGCGUUACAGGGUUUAAACGUUAGGUUGCGUCGCGCCGUCAACGGCACUCGUUACACGAGAGGUUCGGGUUUGGUUUUAUUCUGAAAUUUAAGUGUUCUACAGGAAGGCACUUAAAAAUCGAUUGUUUUUUUUUAAUAUUCAGAUUGAACACACUGACAACGUAACAAAGGAUUUUGUUUGUAGUCAAAGUAAUCGCAUUAACUAACAUUAAUAAAUAUCGAAACUAGAGACAAA